AUGUCUCCCACUGCCACCCCCGUCAAGGACAACAACGCCCCCUCCCCCACCAUCACCCCCCUUCACGACCCCAGUCACCAGGCCAAGGUCAUCCCUCAGACAAAGCCUCUGGGCGCUUCUAAUCCCAACAUUGUCCCAGGAAUGGCGACUGAUGGUGCUGCUCCCGGUCUUGGACACAAGGCGUUGCUGUCGAGGAAGUUUGCCAAGGCCAACAAGGCUACCAUCUCCCCCACCGACCAAAUACAGAGCCCCUGCACGGCCAAGCUCACAAGCGCCAAGCAACGUCACUUUACCAAGGGAAAGCCCGCCUCGCUCGCGCAAUCAUUCGUUGCCAUCCGCGAAAGCUCUAGCGCCUCAUCUCCAGCUCCAGCCGGCCGCAAAACCGACCUGUGA